GCCUAGUUGUCAGAAGCAUGUUGCCUAUGAAAAAGUCCUGCGAGUUGACACAGAUAGCUCAUCCACACCCUCUGACGGCACAGUGACAGUGGAUUCAUGCACCACACUGAAAGGCUUUCUCUCACACAGCUGUGUGUCACUGUGACUCACUGUAAGCCAGCCAAACAAGCUGACAUGGCACUUAUGAAUCCCCAAGUAAAGCCACAGGCAGAGAAGCCACAGGAUGUUGCCAGUAAAAUCUAGAGGCUAGUUUAAAAAUAACUUGUAUCUCUCUGGAGGGAGACGGAGCAGCAGCUACCCAGUGGCAUGGCACCGUCAGAAGACAGUGUGAGCACCUGGAGCUGUAAGCAGGUCGCCCAGUGGCUGCAGGAAGAAGGAUUCGGGGAGUAUGUGGAGUUAUUGUGCACCCAGCACCGCCUGGAUGGCCUCAGCCUGCUGGCUCUGACUGAGGCCGACCUGCGUGGACCUCCACUGGGCCUCACUGUGCUGGGAGACAUCAAGAGGCUGACCAUAGCCCUCCGCCGUCUCCAGAGACAGAACCAGGCCCAGCUAGAGGAGCUGGGUCUCCGGCCUACAGACAGUAUCCCUGCUGGGCUUAUGCUGGCUGGCGCAGGGAUCGAGUGGAGCUGUGACGGAGCUGAUAGGAGGUAUAACGGCAGUGAGCGCUCCUGUAAUGGGACUGAGCUGCGGCUGAGGAAUGGUGAUAGAUCUGGAUACGGUUCAGGAGCGGCACUGUGUCAUACACACUCCAACGGGAGGUGUAGGCAGCACCUGGCUGGUAGAUUGGACCCGGAGGUGUGGAAGACGGUCAUCAGUUCCGUAUAUGUCUUUUUUGUGUUUGGAUUCACAUCUUUUGUCAUGGUCCUUGUACACGAACGUGUCCCAGACACAAGGACAUACCCACCACUGCCUGACAUUUUUCUGGACAGUGUUCCCAGAAUCCCUUGGGCUUUUGCAAUGGCUGAAGCCUGUGGUGUCAUCCUGUGUUACAUGUUUCUGUUAAUCCUGCUCCUCCACAAACACAGGUCUAUUCUCUUCAGACGCCUGUGUUCUCUCAUGGGAACUGUGUUUUUACUUCGAUGCUGCACUAUGUUUGUCACCUCUCUCUCUGUGCCUGGGCAGCACCUCAAGUGCGCCAGUAAGACGUACGGCGAUACCUUGGGAAAGAUACAAAGGGCACUAGCCAUCUGGAGUGGAUUUGGGAUGACUCUGACAGGCGUCCAAACGUGUGGAGACUACAUGUUCAGUGGACACACUGUUGUCAUCACAAUGCUCAACUUUUUUGUCACUGAAUACACUCCACGAACCUGGAAUAUGAUUCACACCAUCUCCUGGGUGUUAAACCUGUUUGGGAUUUUCUUCAUCCUGGCAGCUCAUGAGCACUACUCCAUCGAUGUAUUCAUCGCCUUCUACAUCACCACUCGCCUCUUCCUCUACUAUCACACCUUAGCCAACACCCGUGCCUACCAGCAUAGCCGGAGAGCGCGCAUUUGGUUCCCCAUGUUCUCCUUUUUUGAAUGCAACGUGAACGGACCUGUCCCCAACCAGUACCACUGGCCCUUCAGCAAACCCGCAUUCAUGAAGUCUCUCAUUGGAUAGGAUAUUCUUUCAAAGCUCAUCAGCUGCAAAGUGCAUGGACUGUCAUAUUAAAGCUUGAAUGGAGAACAUUUUACUUGAGAUGCUGCUUCUUUGGAUGGUUAUAACUUUAUUACGUGGGAUUUUUCCCCCCCUCUUCAUUUGUAUAAAUAGAUGAUCUUUAUUUUGUCAACUGAUCUUGUUCUCAAAGGAAUAGUUUGACAUUUUGAGAAAUAUCCAAAAGUUGUAUGAGACGAUUGAUACAACUCUCAUCUCUGUUGGUUUAUAUAUGAAGUAAAAGCUUAGCAUAUAGACUGGAAACUGGGAUACAGCUAGUCUGGCUCUGUUUUGAAGAAAACCCCUACAGUACCAGCACCUUUGAAGCUCAAUAAUUAACUAUUUAAAUUUGUACAGAUUUUUAAAGAUGCUGGUAGUGAAUUAUUUUACCAUUGGACAGAGACAGGCUAGCUGUUUCCCAUUUUAAUGAUAAGCUAAGUUAAUCAGCUGCUGGCAGUGGCAUCAUAUUGAGCAUACAAAUUUGAGAAUGGUGUUGAUCUACUCAUCCAAGUCUUAGCAAGAAAGCAAUUAAGUGUAUUUUCCAAAAUGCUGAACAGUUUUCUUUAUAUUUAACGUCACAGUGCCAAAAAAAAAAACAGACAUCUGGUUAAUUACGGAGCCUAUAAGCCACAUGAGCAGAUAAUUUUCUUGGAGAUUUAAUUUGCCUUUAAAUGAUAAUGUUCGUUGUUCAUGUUCCACUUUGGGGAUGUUUAAAGUUCACUAAUGGGUUGGGUUGUCAGCAUUUAAUGUAAUUCAGGGUGAUUUCUUGGGAGUUGUUUCAAUGACUGUUUGGUGACACAUCCUCUUUGGUAACUUACCAAAGGAGCAGUUGUUUCUUCUGAUGUUCAACAGAAAAAAUGCUUCCCGUUCUCUCCUUUUUUAUAGUUUUGUUUUAUUUACACUUUAUAAAGUGAAUUCUGCAGCUCUGUUGGAUUGUAUGGCUUCCUACAUUCACAGUUAAACUCAACCAAAUAUCUGAACAUUCACUGUAAUGUUCAGUGUUGCCAAUCAGCCCUUAGUAUAAUUAUUUCUUUAUCUUAAUUUUAUAAUGUGUUAUGCUUUUCUAAUUUUUUACAGAUUGUUAAUUAUGUAAUGACUAUAGAAAUGUAUGGAGCUGGGUUUUGCUGAAGUAUAUUGUCUUCUCUAUUGCACAGUACAAAGAUGUUAUUACAGCAGACAGCCGGAUAACAAAGUUUCGAAAUGUUUACUAUGUCAUGGUUGAUCAAAACUAUAUCCUCUCAGUAAUUGUUUACAGUUUGUGGCUCUGUCUAUCUCUGCCUAUUGGCUCAGCAAUAAAAGUUUACAGAUAGCAGUAACAGAAAACAGAUUUUAUAUGUCAGCCUGACUGCUUCCUUGGCUGCUUUUUCACUAAUGUGUUUCUUUUUGCAUUCGGUGAAUAAAGUCGAGUAUAAAUAUGAUCUAA